GCAAACUGCGAAGUAAUUUGAAAUAAAUUUUAUGUAAAAUCAACAUAUUCUUAAUGAUAAAAUUAACUCGAAAAAAAAGUUAUUUUUACAUACAUCUUUACUCUCAACAUAGUUCUCUGUAAAGUUUAACAGAUAAAACUUGUCACUAAUAAUACGGAACAUAUCUAUUGUGUAAAAUUAAAAAUAGGUGCACAAUGUGUAAUUUUUACACUUUGUUUAGUUGUUUUAAAAAUUUAACACUUGUGUGUACUUUAUUGCGUGUCUCGAUAACGACCGACAGCGUGUCGGCGUUAUGACUUGGCAAGCUCGUGACCGCGCGGCGCAUCCUCACACACGCACAAUUUGAAGCGAACCUUUCCCCUUCUUCCCCCGCCGCCUACGCGUCCUUCGGACAUUCGCGGGGGGUACUUGGACUUGCGAAUUCCAUCCCCUACUCUCUUCCACCGCGAAACGAUGGCGAUGGACAGCGACGCCUCCGCGCGGCGUCGAUCAAUAACAUUGGUCGACGACGACGCCGACGUCGAGAGAGCGUCGUCGCGUUUGCGAGGGAUCGGUGGCGCGACGCAAACCGCGCGUCAAGUCAGCGUCGCGCGAGAGUCGUUACGCCGUUAACGCUAGGGCAUAAUAAGUGGCAAGGGGAUUCGCCGGUGGAGAGGAGAGCGACGACGGGAAUGCCAAUCGCGGGACCCUCGCGUCGUACUUGACCACGAUCGCGGGGAACGGGCGUCCGGGACAAAGCUGAUAGAAUCGAGCGCCGAAUCGUCGAGGUGUCCCACCCACGGCGACAUGGCCAAGGUAAGACCCGCGCGAGCUUUCUUACUUUCUUUCCUUUUCCGUUGAUUCGAACGAUCGUCUCCCAUCUCGACGAGACGGGAGAUUGCGGGGUGUAAACGUUGAUAACGGCGACGUACCUCGCCGACAAGGGCGAGCAAGAGACACCGGUUCCGAGCAAAUUGAUAUUACGCGUACGAGAGCGUCAAGGGAGCGGAAUCGAAUCGAUAAACAAGUGUGUGAUGAGAGUGAUGUCGGGAACGGCGAAUGACGAUACUCGUCAUUAUCGUUAUUGCAUCGUAUUUGUAUCAUCGUAUAGAGAAAGAGCGAAUUGCAACGAUCGCGAAACGAUCCACGGUCGAAUUGCACGCACGCGAGUGAGGUACGAUGCUACUUUUACAUAAUUUAGAGCACGUUUCACCGCGGACGGCGCAGACGCGGGUAGAUAGAAUCUGGACAUUGGCGAAUUUCCCAGUGUUCCAUUUACACGCGCAAACACGAUUACACAUGACAACGUGUUUGUGACAAUUUUCUAAUCGUGUCGAACGUGCGUUACGUAAACGAUAGAGAGAGAGAGGCAGAUUCGGUGGAUAAUCGCUGUACAAACUUGAUUGAUGCUCGAUUUGUCAAGUCAUGCAUUGUAUUUACACUAUCGAGCCGGAGAUCGGAGCCGGUUUCAACGUUGCUUUCGCGAUCGACGCCCGUUGCAUGUACGGAUUCACGGUUUGGUGAAUGUAACAGUCGAGCGUUCAAACAGAAUGGAAUAAUUGUCCUCGAGACGUCCCGUGUUCAUCAUCGUCGUCAUCGUCGUCGUUGUUACGAUCAACGUGCCGGCGCGUAUGCUCGCUCGCUUGGCUACAAACACGCGUCUAGUGGCAAUAGUAGCAGUGGCGGUGGUGGUGGUGGCGGCGGUGGUGGUGGUGACGACGACCGCGGCACUGGUACACAGCAGGUGUAGCGCUGGGGAAUCGCAAGGCGAAUCCGGAACGUUUUAUCAUCGUACACUCGCGCUACGACUCGUCAGUCGUUAUCGAUCCUUCGCGCUUUGCGUACUCGCGCGAUCCCGCGCGAUCUUCUUGUCUCUCCCACUUUUCUCUCAUCUUUCCUUGCUUUCCGUCGGGGAAAACUGUCGAGCGAGCGCGCGCGCGCGCGCACGGUGUCGUGUCUUGUGGGAAACUCGCGAGCUGAUUAGUGCCGUUCGAGAGAGACGCCAAUGUCGCGAGAACGUAGGGGAGAGUCGGAUACCUGUUCCACGGGCAGCACGACCGUCCUUCUUCCCGAAAUCAAGAGUACUCGAGACGUCGAGGCUCCUGUCGGGAAAUCGCCGCUCCACCAUCUUCUCGGGUUGCUUUCAGUUCGUUAACACCGAGGAGGAACCGCCUGCUCCGCGGGACAAGUUCUCUGCGGGAUUCGCAACAUCGUCACCCAGUAUUAAAACUGAUUCGAAAACGGAUCAGACAUUUUCGAUAUCACCCGCGUGGGACAUUGACGAGAAUGACGUGCAACAAUUGGUGCAUCUUAGCGAGGAGAAAAGCAGUCUGUUUAGGUAUGGAUCGCUACUCGAAGACUCUCAGCUGAGCAUGAUCGAGGACGUGGGCGACAACUGCCUCGUGGAAUCGGGCCUGAGCAAUUACAAUGACGCGAGCGCAACGUCGCACUAUUUGAUGCUCAACAAGCAGAACUCGUUCGAGCACGAUGAGAGCCUCGGUAUACUGACGCCGGACCAGAUGACCGAUUUCACGGUGGCACUCGAGUGCUCGAGGACGCCAUCCUGCGAGAAUCUGACCGGCUCGGCCGGCUCAAAAUUGGCGCUGACCCGAGCGUCCGCGUCGACGAGGCCGUUGGCGGACGUGGAACCGGCCGAGGAGGGUUGCAGCGAGAGGACACCGUCGCCCGAGGAGCUGCCGCUCGACCCGAAACCCGCGGAACCGAUCCGCGGUGGUAGCGUGCCGGCGAGCUUCGUCACGUCGGUUACGAGCAUCACCAGUCUGGAGGCUGGCUACCAGGGUGACGGCGAGAACUCGCGACCGGCCAGCCGUGGCGCGGAUCCACCGUCGAUGGCGGUGCCACCGGUCAACCUACCCGCGCCCUGUCGCCACGAUCCGAUGACCGACUCGGAUUUCUUCACCGAGAGCGACGCCGACGCGCACGAGGAGAUCGUGCGCGGCGACAGGAAGGCCCAAGUGAUUGACGGCACGUUGUUUUGCGCCCCGGGCGAGCGCGUCUGUCCCAGCUUCACCGCCGAGGAGAUGGACUCGAGCGGCAUAUAUUCGGACUUGGACAAGUUGCAGGCGCCCGAGCAAGCGCCCGAGGAGAACGAGGAUCACACUCCCGACACCGGGGACACCGAACUCUCGCAGAGGAGCCAACCCUCGCCAACCCAAGCGGCGAACGUCGUCAUAAUGGAUUACCUGCAGAUUCCCGUAAAACCGACGGACGAAACGAGUGGUGUGAACGACGCUACGAUCUCGGCGGAAGUCAAGGUUACGGAGAAAAUGGAGAAUAACGAGAACACGAGAGCCGCCAAACCGGCGGCGGCGAGCAAGGCCGAUAAUUCGGUGCCUUUGAAGAAAUACAAGAUGCCCAAGAGAAACGUCGUCUCCAAGAUUAAGGCGAUGAUCGAGUCCUCCUCGAAGGAUGACGCGGACAAGGAGGCACGGCGCUCUCAAAGAUCGACCAGGAAGGGUGGACGCUGGGACGCGGUGAUGAACAAGAUAGAGGCUGGGAAAACCGAGCAAAGGACCAGAUCAGCCAGGAAGGAAGUCAAAUCGAGGGUGUUGCAGAAUCUCGCUUUGUCACCCUCUAUCUCGAGACCGACGUCCAAGAAAGCCGGCGACGCCAACAAUAACAGCAAUAAGGACAAACGGAGAAUGCGCGGCUGGCAGGAAAUGAAGUCACCGACGCAGGAAACGGCCAGAAGUUCGGUCCGUAGUUCCAUGAGCGAUCUCAGCAGCGGCCCAACUAAGGAUAUGCCGAAGAGAUCACCGACGUCGGCAAACCCGCCCAGGAGGUUCGCGUCAAACGGCCACGCCAGUCAUCAUCCGGUCCGCGUCAACAGUUUCGACGCGAAGAAAAACUGCAUCGAUGUGACGACGGUGGAACUCGAGAAGAGCCCACCGUCAGCGCGAAAGCCAAGCACGAUGACGAGAAGAUUAACGGCUAACGCCACCGUCAAACAGAAAUCCGCCGCGCUGUCGAUGAAAGAUCGCGAGUCCAAGGAGGCUCAGCACAAUAUCAAUACCUACACGAUAACGGCGAGGACGUCACCGCAGAUGCGAGAUCAGGCCGCGCAGACGAUCGUGCCCUACGAGACCUUCCGCGCGGAACAGGCCGAACGAAGCACGCAGGCGCUCGCAGUGACCGUGCAAUAUCUGGCGUUCGAGCUUGACGCGUUUGCCACGCCGACAUUGAAGAAGGAUCUGGAAAAAUUGAAGGCCGACUGCGAGAGAGUGAAUGACGAGCGGUCCGCCGUACUCUCGGAGAUUGAUGAUCUGCGGGCGAGAUACGUCAGCAUGGAAGAGAGACUCGAAGCGGAAGCGGAGGAUCACUGUAAAGCCCUGGAUCAGCUUCGCGACGAGCUGGACGCACGUAGGACGGAACAGGUCGCCGCGCUCGUCGAAGCCUUGAAGGAGGAAAGACGCAAGUACGACGUCAGAUUGGAUGAGAUGACGAGGGAGCAUCGCGCGACAAUCGCGAAAUUACGCGCCGAACAGAUCAACGAGUUAGCGCGCAAGGAGGAGCUAAGAAGAUCCGUGGUACACGACCAAGGUGCCGCGUUGAUGGCCGAGAUCGAAUCCUUGAGGUCCGUGCUCGAGCUCAAGAGUCAGGAGAACGCGGCUCUACGAUCGGAGCUGGACAGUUACAGGCGCGACAUCGAGGAGAAGGACGCUCUACAGAUGCGACUCGACAUGGCGGAGGCCAGAUGCGAGGAUCUAAAGGCGCAACUCCAGCGGAAAGAUUCCUUCGAGCGGCAGAUCUCGCACGAGAACGAGAUGCUCCACGAGUCGAUUCAUCAAGUUUCGAAGCACAACAAGCGACUGUCGCAACGCAACGAGGAGUUGCAGUGGAAGUUGCGGAACAAGAACGAUUGGGUGAGCGUUCUUGCGAACCAGCUGAAUCCGCUGAAUUCACGGCUGACCCGGUCGGUUCCGGAUCCGGAACAGAUGGAGCACACGUUUCUGGCCGACAAGAACGGCGGCGGCAACGGUAGCGGCGACGUUGAUGGACACUCGUCAUCGAUGAUGAAAUUCAUGGUCGACAAGGGCGCCUCCGUCUCGUGGACUCUGGAAAUUGACGAUUUGUCGAAGGAGGGAGCGUCGGACUCGAUAAACGCGCUACCGAAAGCGGCCAGGUCCACGGAAGGCCCGACGACCGUUUCCAGACAAGGCUCGCUCAGAUUGACGCCAAACAGGCCGAUCAUGGACACCAGGGCGAGAUCAAAGAGUAUUUCAACGACGUGCGACUCGGCACGGGUUACCGCGGCGACGACGACAACGACGACGACAACGAUGGAGGAAGCGACGAACGCCGUCUCCGUGUGGUCCCCAACGUUCAGUUCGACACCGGUGCCGCGACGACGUCCCAGGAAGGAUCAGUCGUCGCCCUCCUCAUCGUCGUCCUCCUCCUCGUCCUCGUCUUCCACGUCGACCGUAAAUUCCGCGGUAGCCGCCGCAGUGGCGGCUGCAGCGGCAGCCGCAGCAGCGGCGGCAGCGGCAGCGGCUGACGAUGACCGAUGCAGCGUCGGCGGCGGUCAACGGCCUCAGGAGGCUGGCGGAGAAGCGAUGAUCUCCGAGGAAACGUCCGCGUCCAGCAGCGAGGAUGAAUCGUCCACCGGCAGCGAUAUCCCGCGUCUGGGAAUGCAGUUCGCCUGGGGCAAGCCGAUCAAGUAACACCCGGGCGUGUCAUCGACCGUCGCGGCCUGUUAUCUCAACCUACCGGUAAAUGAGCAGCGAAUUUCUUUAGAAUCGCGAAGGCAGUUGCAUCGUAUCGGCCGCUAUCCCCUGUUCUUGCCUACAGUGGAGUCGUUUCUCUCGACGUGAAUUUUAUCAUCGCGGAUCUUUUGCACGUGAUCAUUCCUCUCGCGUCUGCAUUUUCGCAGACACGUUCUACACGUAUCGUAUACGUUGCGUUUACGUUGUGUUGACCCGCGCAACGCCGCGUGCACUCUUCCUCUCUGUUUCUUACACUUGGACCGACACGAUCGACGAUAACACGUGGCCUGGUCGAGAGUUACGGUGAGAGUGCGAGGAAAGUACGUUUUUUGCAUCUCGAGAAUGUACCGUGUACGCAUGCGCGAUUAAACGAUUUAAGCAAUUCCGAAGUGUAAUGAUGUUGCGUAAGUUUAGUAAGCGAGAUGUUUAACAAUCAAUUCCACGACAUAUUUUAACGUUACGACUGUAUAAAUUAGACUAGGACUGUUGUUUUUCGUGGUUUUUUCCCCUUCCUCCCUCCCUCUCUUUCUUUCUCUCCAUUUCUCUUAAUGCAACGAUUCGUCGCGUAAAAUUAAAAUCCAGAUCUUUGAGAUUCAUCGUGCAAUGAUUUCUUGAUGCGUACAACGAAGUUGUUGGUUCGUUUGCGGCAUCAAGCCGAUUAUUAUUCUUUUUAAGGCAAUCACCGCUUGUAAAGUUGUUUAAAAAAUGUAACACUUUAUCGAAAUACCGUAACGUUUGAACGAGUGAGUUUUAUCAGCAUUGCCACCUUUGUGUGAUUGUGUGUGUGUGUGUAUGUGCGUGCGCGCGUGAUUUGUUUCUUUUUACAGGAAAAUUAUAUGAAUAUACACACACAAGAAUUGUAUACAACGGGUGCGUUCCACUUGACGCUCACGAGCGUCAAGUGCAACGUAUACCCAAUGACUAGAGAGACACGUUGCGAUUGUACCAUCUCUGUACUUCUGUGCUUGAGUGACAUCUUUUUCAUUGCUUUUUCCUUCCGGAGAGAAUUAUUUGUACACGCGUUUAAAGAUUACAUAAUAUAUUUUAUUACUGAUCACUGCUCUCCAGCCGAUUGCAUAUAUUUUAUCAGCAGCUGCGAGAAAUGAGAUCGCAUGGACCGUACCGGUCCGUGCACACGCGUCUCCGUGUAUAACGAUAGAAAAAUUGUCGGUAAUUUACUUGAGAAAAUACAGCGAAAAAUCAUUAGCGACAUAGCGCGACAAGGGUGUUAAUUUCAUGAUCCGUUCCAUAGGCGAGUGAUAGAUUUAGACACGAUAGAUACGAGAUGGAAGAAAGAGUGAAGCGAUAUCGACACGCGGAAACCAAGUAUUACUCACCGAAGAUACGUGGUUUCUUUCUUCUUUCCCUCAUGUGUGCUGAUCAAAUCAAUGUAUUAUAUACCUGUCGAAUAAAUUAAGCACUAUCUCGAAA